UCCCUUGAAUGGCAGAGUUAUCAGUGACAGCGCAUUCUAUUGACGAGAAAAUUACAUCGAUGGAAUUUUCUCAAACUGAAAAUGAGCAGUUCAAAGGAAGAUUUAAGGCAAAUAAUCUCUAGUUUAUCUAGCGCGUCGUCAAGCAAGGUUUACAAUGCUCUCGUUCAUGUAAGAACGAAGGCGAUAAAAUCGCAAACCGUUCUGAAGAAAAUUCUGUCACAAGGAUUGAUUCCACAAAUCCUCAAAAUCCUGGACAAUGCUGACACGACAGAGAAGAAACCGAAGAUUGCCGAUAUUGCCCUUAGUAUCCUUGGUAACCUUUGCAUGGAACCAGACACCAGAAACGAUGUCAUUACAAGGAAUGGAGUUGAAGCUUUGGCCCGCCAUCUACUGGAAUCGUCAGUAGAGAGCAUACAGAACCGAAGUUGUCGAGGUCUGGCUAAUUUGGCCCUCACUCCGUCAGCCUGUUCCCAGAUCAUCAGCUUAGAAACAUUACCCCGGGUUGUCAAGCUGCUCGAUGAGACCAAGUCUAAAGAAUGCAAGCUCACAUACUGUCGAGCAUUCCGGCUUCUAGGACGGGUUCGUGAUAACCAGAGGAGAGUUGUGGAAUCAGGUGCUGUGCUGCAAGUCGCUAAGCUGCUGAAGCAUGACGAUGCAGAGAUUGCUAAAUGUGCACUGAGGACGUUGUCUGAGCUUAUUAAGCCUGGAUGCUGCUCAAGCUUUGCUCGACAAAUUAUCGGCGCUAAUAUUCUGGACAAGCUUGUGUCAACUGUUGAUAGUGACAAUGACGAUGAUUCCCACGACGCAUUGUCAACACUUUACAACCUCACCAACCAAGCUGACGUCCGGGCAGCCAUCGGAGCAGCAGGAGGUAUUCAACUCUUUGUACGUCUGCUGCAGCAGGAAAACAACAGAAGUCACAUCAACGAGAUAUCCGUCAUCAAUGCUUUGUGUUUAUGCGGCAAAGAGGCUGUCAAUCGGAUCAAAAUACGACAACAAGGAGGUCUGGAGCUGUUUAUUAAUGUGCUUAGGGAGCCCAAGUUUGCUCAGAUCCAUGACCGAGUUAUCAGUGGGUUGGUCUGCUUCUUGUAUGACUUUGACAGUAUGGAUGUGCUUCUGGAGAACAACCUUGUGGAGGUGCUUCUCAUACACCUGCAGAGAUGUGGAGAUUUUAAGUCAUCUGUUGAAACCAUUAGAUUUCCUAAUCACACAGGGAGGAACAAGUCGUUGAAGCCCUCAGAGAAGCUAUCUACCUCACGUGUCAAGUGUGAAGUUUCCUUGUGCUCAUUGAAUGAAGACCAGUCUGACCUAUGUUUGGAGGCUGAUGCAAGUGGCACUGAUGAAAGAGGUGCUUUAUCUUUGAGACCAAAAGAUCUGACCAUAGAUCAAGCUUAUGAAGUUGAAAAUGAAGACAUUGAAAGUGUUCCUUUGGACAGGGCAUCUUUUCAGGGACACCCACCGAAGCAGCUUCACAAAUUUAGCAUAGACAGUCCUUCUUAUGAAGUCAACACUGAAUGGAAUCUUGAAAACUUUGCUGGACAGACAUGUAAGCAGAGUUUCAGCCAACACAGUGACUUGAGGUCCCCCUCCCCUGAACCACCUCUCAGUCCACUCAGCCCCCUCAGUAACGACACUUACUUCUCCCCCGCCCAGUCAUCCCCGUCUUACAGCCUCCCCAGGAGUCCUGAGUCUUUGCCAGGGAGUCCAUCAGCUUCUAAUUUGGACUCUGAAUACCAUCCAGUGCUUAGUGUUCCCUAUACUUGUGGCAGUCCUGAGAAGGCUCCCUCUGACUCAGAGUCCACUAGUGCUGUGAAUGUUGACCAGCAGCCGUGCUACUCCUCAACUGAAGAAGAUGAUAUUUGUGAUACUAUAAGACAGAAGGAUGAAGCAGAGAAAGAUGAAGCAGAGAAAGAUGAGGACUGUCCAUCUCUGGACACAACGUCUACAGAUGUUUCAUCCGAGAAGAUUGAGAAGCCAGAAUCGGUUGAAGAUUCAGAGCCAAGAGAAGACGAAACAGUUGAGGUUAUCAGCAAAAAUGUGUAUGGAAAGCGACCCCUAGCUUUGAGGUCACCUUCUUACAAGCUGGUCGAGUCGUGCACAAAGCGGAAAAAGACAGAAUCAAAGAGGUCGGACAUCAUGAAGACUACGGAACACAACCUUCUGAUCCUGUUGUCCAGAAUAUCAGUGAAGACCAAUCCCUCCAUGUAUCUCAUAACGUCCACUGCGAUGUCCUGCCUCUUGGACUACCUUUUCUAUGUACCCCUACCUCAUUCCCGGUGUGUCAGAACAAUGUCCCGCUUAUUCAAAAACCCUCACUGCCUUGAAUCGUGCCUUCUCCUCACAGUACCCGUUAUCAUCUACAAGAAAAUCAUCCUGGAUGUGGAUGGGAUUGACAAAGAGACUUACGAACACUUUAGUCAGAGAUCAUCCCAUUCCCGCCGAUGUAGCCGAGUGAGCACGUCAUCCGAGGACUCGUUCUGUGGAGGGUAUUUGACGAAUUUGGAGAACAGCUAUCCUGGGUCCACAAGCGGUACCAAAGACAAUGCUUUGGACUUCACCCAUGGCCUUCUGGCAUCACCAACUUCUCCCCGAAGUGAGACCGAGAUCAGCUUCAAGGUCGGCCAGUCACCAAUGUCCCAGAAUGCAGCCGAGCUCAGUGUUGCUGAUGUGGGACAAAGUGGGCUGAGUUUGUUGAAGGAUCUGAGUUUCUCUGCCGAGUCACCGUAUGGGAAGGGGAUCAUCUCCUCCAUCCUGGUGAGGGGAUCUCAGAAGGACAAAUUACUGUGUACCGUCUCCCUGCUCUUCCUGUGUUGGGGCUCCGUGAUGCAGAAGCAGUACUUGAUCCGGUACAGGGUUCUGGACACAGUCCUGGAGCUUCUCAAGGCAGAACUCCUCGACCCAGGACCAGUUUUCAUGGCCAUCGUUGCUGGUCUCACAUUCAUCUGUAAACUCAACAGCAUUCCUCUCAAACUGAAGCAGGAGAGAUCAGACACAGUGUUCAAACCUGCCACUCAGUCCGAAAUCUCCAACAGUGACCAAUGCAUAUAUGAAGGUCUUGAUGUGGAUCUUGUAUUUAAAGUUGACAGUAAACAGAUCCAUGCCAAUCGAGAAAAACUUGUACAGUCGUCUGCCAUGUUUCUGGCCAUGCUCGAAGGUCAUUAUUCAGAAUCCAGUCAAUCGGAAAUCGCCAUUCAAGACACGUCGCCAGAAGCAUUGGAGUAUGUGCUCCAUUAUCUGCAAGGGUGUAGUCUGGGGUGCUCUGUUAUGAAGAAAGUCAACUCAGAUACCGAUGAUGUGACUGUUGAGUUUCUUUUAGAUGCUCUAGCCCUAGCAGAUAGAUUCCUCCUCUCAGACCUGGUCCAGUAUCUGAAAGUGUCGAUCUCAUCUCACCAUCUGGAUUCAGAAUCAUGUGCCACAGUGUUUGGGUUCGCGUCGUUUCAUGAAUUCUCAGACCUGGCAUCGGACUGCGUGAAGGUGGUGCUGUGUUCGCCGAUCAGUCUGUCGGACAAGUCGCAGCUGUUGGCACAGAUGCUGAGUGGUGAGUGUGCCGAGAUAUUUGUGGAGAUGCUGAAGACUGUCCUGAGGGAGGGAACACAAUGAUUUUGUCAGUCAUAAUGAAAUAAAUUAUUUUGAAUCAUU